AUGGAUUGUGUUUUAUUUCUCAAGUCUUUGACUCAAGGGACUGAUUUUGGGCGUGGGUUUUUGGUGUUUGGGCGUUUGUCGCAAGUUUUUAACACUUUGUUAGGGAAAUCGAGUGAGAGAACAAAUGGGUUGUGUUCAAAUAUUGAUUUUGGUGAAGAAUUUGAUGCAAAUAUUGUGUCUGGCAAAUGUGGUCCGCCAUUGAAGCUCUUGGACGACUCAAACUCGAAGUCGACAAAUGAUGUUUCGGAAUCAGUAGAAUGUUGUGAAGAAGAUGAGUUAUCCGACGUAGAAUCACUGAGAAAAUUGGUCAUAAUGGAGAGGCAAAGGGCCAAUGUGGCUUGUAGGGAGCUUGAGAAGGAAAGAAUGGCAGCGGCAUCGGCGGCGGAAGAAGUUGCAUUCAAUUGGAUCAAUUUCAAAUAA